AUGCUGGAACAUGUAUCUUUGACGGUGCAUGAGGCCUUCUCUGGUAUCGCCGGGAGCAUCUCGCUGGCCUGCUGGAUCUUCCUGCUGAACUACCGUCAAUCCUCUGCAGACGGCAUCUCCAUCACCUUCCUACUGGUAUGGAUGGCCGGCGACAUCACCAACCUCGCCGGCGCUCUUUGGGCUGAUCUCGUGCCCACCGUCAUCGCUCUCGCCAUCUACUUCUGUUUCGCCGAUGCCGUUCUGCUGUCGCAAUGCUUCUACUACAACACCCUGAAUGCCCGUCGCGAACGCAAGCGCUCCAUUGCCGCUGCCGAGAACCCCGUCAUCGAUGAGAGCGCCCCUCUGCUCGCCGAGCAACAAGACAACCUUGGUCUACCUGGUAGCAGAAGACGCAGCAGUGCUGCCAGUCGCAGACGUACGAGGAGCAGUGCUGAGCGUAGCAACAGCCUUAGCAACAUUCUCGAGGAGGGCCAAGGCUCUACUGCCUGGCUGAAGAAUACCCUUAGCGUUGCAAUUAUCCUCAUCGCUGGAGCCGCAGGAUGGGCCAUUGCUUGGAGAGCCGGCGCCUGGAAACCAACUCCCGUAGACGUAUCUGACGGUGGCAGACACAUGCCCGUCGGUGCUGAGGUUCUUGGCUAUGCCAGUGCUGUGUGCUAUCUCGGGUACGCUUCCUCUUCGCAACACGCGCCCCAGUCUUAUGCUAACAUGUACUUCCUCAAGAACUUGCCUUGGCUCAUUGGGUCUCUCGGAACGAUCUUCGAAGACGCCGUCAUCUUCAUGCAAUUCCACAUGUACGGCGAGAAAACAUCGGCUGUUGAGUGA